AUGGAGUUGAACUCGCGAAUUGUGGGACCAGCCUCGCCACGCUGGCACAAGUUCAGCGCCAGUGACGGUGGCGCUACAGAGAAGAGGGUAGCUCCCCUGCGAAAGGCGCUACUAAAAAGGGAGAGGGGGAGAAGGAAUGGGAAAGAGAGGCCGACUUCUAGGGCGGUUCCGUGGUCCGCGGCGAGGGACCAGGACCUCAAGGUCGCGCUGCGGCGGGAGAAGAAGGUGCCAGAGCCGACGCCCGCUGAGCGGGUGUUGGAGGCGGCCGAGCUGCAGCGGCUGCGGCGGGCGGCGCGUGGGAUGGACAAGUGGGUGCGGGCCAAGAAGGCCGGGGUGACGAACGAGGUGGUGGAGGAUGUGCGGAGGGAGUGGUCCAGCGGCCAGGAGCUCGAUGGGGUUCGGGUCGUCGAGCCGCUCCGGCGGUGCAUGGACAGAGCUAGGGAGAUCCUGGAGAAAAAAUCAGGAGGCUUAGUUGUUUGGACAAAAGGAGAUAUACAUUUCGUAGCUAAUAUUCAGAAAGUUCCUGUGUUAAAAUGUACUACCCCUGAACCCGAAAGGACAUAUGGAAGCAUCUCUGAGUCUUUAAGAAAUGGCAACGGUGACGCUUAUGGUGCUUUCCGAGAGAUUGAUCAAAGCAUUGGUGUUCAUACAUACGACGAAGCACCUAUCGAAGGAACACUCUAUGAAAGAGAAGUCAACAGACUGUUGGACAGUUUGGGACCUCGGUUUAUAGAUUGGUGGUGGAACACACCAUUGCCUGUGGAUGCUGAUCUCCUUCCACAAGUUGUCCCAGGCUACAAGACACCAUUUAGACAAUGUCCUCCUGGUGUGAGACCGACACUAGCAGAUGGGGAGUUGACAUACUUGCGCAAGCUUGCACACCCUUUGCCGACACAUUUUGCCCUAGGCAGGAAUACAAAACUACAGGGUUUGGCUGCUGCUAUUCUAAAGCUUUGGGAAAAGAGCCUUCUAGCAAAGAUUGCAGUGAAAGUGGGUAUCCAGAAUACCAGUAAUGAACAAAUGGCGUGGAAUCUUAAGCAUCUUACUGGAGGAACUAUCAUAUUGAGAAACAAGGCUUUUAUUAUUCUAUAUAGAGGCAAGGAUUUUCUUCCUGGUGGAGUUAAGCGGUCUGUUAUUGAACAAGAGGCACGGGUAGAUGCCCAGCAUGUGAAGGAAGAAGAAGCCCGAUUAACGGUGAUUGACUCCCUUCAGAUAUAUGCUGGUUUACCAUCUGAGGAAAGUUCUGUGGGGACUUUCAGGGAGUAUCAGGAUUUCCAGGUUAACCAUGUGCAUGAAACAACUGAAAACAACCAGGCCAUGAUAGAACUAGAGGCUGAGAAGCACAGAUUGGAGAAGGAUCUGAAAGACCAGGAACGGAGGCUUUUCAUUCUCACUAAGAAGAUUGAAAGAUCCAACCAGGCGCUGGCAAAGCUUCAUAGUUCCUGGAACCCUUCAGAGCCAUCUUCAGACAAAGAACUUUUGACAGAGGAGGAAAUGAUGAUAUUCCGAAAGAUUGGCCUAAAGAUGGAUGAGCAUGUGCUCCUUGGAAGACGCGGUAUCUUUGAUGGUGUAAUUGAAGAGAUUCAUCAACACUGGAAACACAAAGAGAUUGUGAAAGUAAUUACCAAGCAGACUCGAGCUUACCAGAUAACAUACACAUCGAUGCUGCUUGAGGUUGAGACGGGAUGAAUGUUAAUAGCAACACAAAAGCUCACAAACAGCCACGCCAUAAUACUUUACCGUGGAAAGAAUUAUCGCCGCCCAACAAAAUCAGAACCCAGUAAUCUUCUGACUAAAAGAGAAGCAUUACGAAGAUCAGUUGAGGUUCAGC